AUGACCAAAGUAAAGGCAGGAGACACUUAUACGAAAGAAAUACCAACACCAGAAGGACAUAAUAAAAGAAUCAGCAUGGUAUGCUACGCCGACUAUGCAGCUAUUUUCGCGGAAACUCAGGACGACCUACAGAGACAACUACACAAAUUCAGUCAGGUCAUCCAAGCGAUGAAUAUGACUAUAUCCCCAGAAAAAACGAAAAACAUAACUUUUGCUGAAGAGCCCGUACCAUGUAAGCUGGUAGUUCAGGACAAAAUCAUCGAACAAGUCUCACAAUUUAGAUACCUGGGUAUGGACCUGUCGAGUUAUCACGACCCAGUGAAUGACCUAAGAAGCCAGAUCAACAAAGCGACUGCCAUAUCGGGCAGCUUAAGGCAGACAAUAUGGGCAAACGAAUACAUGCGAAAGGAUAGCAAGCUUAGGAUCUAUAAGACUGAUAUACGGAAUAGGAACCAUAGAGGAACCAUAGAGAAAACUAAAAAAAAACGAAAAACAUGCUUUGGGACGCCGAAAUGA